AUGCCCAUGAUACAGAGUCGAAAGCUUUUUCAAAAUCUACCAAAAGCAGGAGACCUGACAACGAAAGAUAAAACUACCAGCGAUAAACAUAAAACUUUCACUAAAGCUAUCGGCAGAUUCAUCGUUAAAGAUCUCCGACCUUUCAGCAUCGUGUCAAACGAAGGUUUCAAAGAUAUGAUUAAACAACUUGAUCCCAAGUCCGAGUUACCAUCACGCACUUAUUUCGCUGAAACUGUCGUACCUAACAUGUACCAGGAAUGUCGCGCUUAUGUUAUUUCUAGUCUCAAGAAUGUCCCACCCGCAAUCUACGCUGUACUAGUGGCUAAAGAAAUUCGUAGCAAUGUGAAUGACAUUUCAACAUUAUCUGAGGCAGAUAUCACGAUAGCAGAGGACAUUGUGGCGUGCCUUUCACUGAAAGCAAUUACAACUGUUUUAUACACAGAGAAGAUGCCUACUGUAUCUAUCAUUCUUCCACUCCAGAAGAAAUUGUUGACAAGUGUUCUGGUUUCUAAAGAGAUGGAUUCUGAUGUUAUUAAACAGAUGAAGAAUGCCAUGGCUUCUGAUCUGGAUAGCAGACUUGCUACCGAAGCAGCUAGUUUGAAGCCACAACCUCAGUUACCUGUAUCUUUGAAGGUGGAACAGAGCACAUCAACCCCAACAGUUACUGACCUACCGGCGUUACCAGACUUGCCAGAUGUUGAAUCAACUGAUUUACAGUCCGAUGUCAACCUAGUAGAUGAUGUCAAGUUUGUCACUGCAAUCACGACAAAGAUUACUAGUGACCUCACUACUCAGUCUGGUUGUGCUAGUGGUGGUUUAGCCUCCAUUUUGGGUGAUGUUGCUUUUAUAAAGGAGGUGUUACCCCAGAAAUCCAAUUUAGAACAGGCUAUAUUUGAGAUUGAUGUGUUCAAGGGACAGGCACUAAUACCAGUGUCAGAAGACUCAUUGAUAUGGUGGAAAGGACACCAAUGGCAGUUUCCCCUUCUCUCCCAGUUAGCAAGGAAACGGCUGUGUAUUCCAGCGACCUCGGUACCAUCCGAGCUAGCCCGAGUACUCUGA